AUGAGACAAGGUCAAUCACCAAUCAGCACUGACCAUGGGGGCACUCCUAAAAUCCACAUCAUUCGCCACGGCCAAUCUCUCCACAACAUCCAGCGCGGUUACCCACACCGCGAUCCACCUCUUACAGAUGCUGGAGAUGAAGCUACGAAAAAGAUCAGAAUUACUGCUAUUCCGGAUCUUAUUAUCAUCUCGCCCAUGACGCGGACGAUCCAAACAGCUCUCAAUGCUUUCCCGAAUCUUCUCGGCUCUGGAAUAUCGGAGUGUAAGGUCGAGAUCUGGCCCGACCUCCGCGAAGCCCACGACGCAAUCUGCAACCAGGGUGUCUCGCGCGCCGAGUUAGCGGCAAAGUUUCCCCAGUUCGACUUUUCCCAAUGUCCUGAGGAAUGGGACCAUGCGCCUCAUUCGCGGGAAAGAGCACUAUUACGAGCAGAGACUGUUAGAACAAGAUUGAGAGAGCUUUCUGCUACGUAUAAAAAUAUUGUGGUAAUAACGCAUCGGGGAUUCGUGGCGUUUUUGGUGCAAGGAGAUCGAUUAGAGGUCUGCGAGACGCGUUCGUAUCGAUUUGCGACGGGGGAUGAAGUUUUGGAUAUGGAUCUUCGAAUGGGUGUUCAUUGCGAAACGAAGGAGCCGCAGGACUUUGGACCGACGGUUCUCGUGCCAUGGACUAAAGAGGCAUAG